AACAGCCACUGAUAUUGACUGCUGUAAAAACAUAUUGGAUUCAUAUUUUUCCAGAUUUUUUUCAUAUAUCUCUUAAUUAACUUCUGCUCUAUUCAGAACUAGUAAAUGUUUCAUUAAUACAUCCAGAUUUUAACCCUUUAAGGACCCAUUUAAAACAUAAAGUUACUAAUAUUGGGAAAGAAAUGGGAGGAAAAUGACUGAUUUUUAUUAGGGUAGUAGAGAUCACUAACAGUGCGAUCACCCUGUCCUUGACCAAGUGGUUUCUUCUGAAACCCGAUCCGUUAUGAGUCCUCUGCACAUGCAUGAUGCUUUCGGAUUAGGUCAUGUAUGCACUGAUCUCUGCCACACUGCUCAGGUGUGUUCAAGGGCACAGGGGCUAGCUCCCCCUGUAGCCGUCAACCCCCCUUGCUAGGAAACCGAUAAGAAAGCCUCGAAAUGAACAGACCACCCAAUGCCGACCUCCACACAGACCCCGACUACGCCUUAGUGAAAAUAAACUGGAAAUCCUUGAAGUGAACAUCCGAGGACUAUGCACCAAUAUUGGGGAUCUCUCCAAUCUCUGCUCUGAGAAGAAGCCUUCUGUUGUCAUCUUAGUAGAGACUUUCCUGGACUCAACCAUUCCAGAUGGGGCGGACGAGAUACAGAUUCCCGGCUACUCACUCAGCUGUCGCAGAGAUCGCAGCGGAGGCACCGGCGGCACCGGCGGCGGUAUAGCAGUCUACUGUCUAGAAGGUGUCUCCAUCUACCACAACCCAUCCAAAGACCCUGACGAUUUCGAGCUCAUGUGGUUCACUGUUGCACUGAAGACCAGGACGCUGCUGAUAGGAGCUGUUUAUCGCCCGCCAAGCGCCUCCAACGAUGUCUUGGACUACCUCGACAGUAACACCCUCUCAGUGAUGGACGAGUUUGGAGCCCAGUCCGUUAUGCUCAUCGGCGACUUCAAUGUACAUCACAAGGAGUGGCUGGGGAGCAAUGUUACGGAUGCUGCUGGACGACGUGCCUUGCAACUUGCCAACUGCCUGGGACUGGAACAGAUCGUCACUGAACCAACUAGACACAACAACAUUCUAGAUUUGGUUCUAUCAGACACUCCAGCAACCACAACAACCUUGGCAAAUGUAGGCUCCUCGGACCACAAUCCCAUACAUAUACAGCUGACAAUACCAGUCUUCAGAGAUAAGCCAUACAGGAGAAGAAUAUGGAGAUACGACAAGGCGCAGUUCUGGGAAAUGAGAGGGUACCUAACUUCCAUAAACUGGUCCAAUGUCUUCAAGGAGGAAGAUCCCGAAACAAUCUGCACCAAUCUCACCAACUUACUGCAAGAUGCCAUGGCCACAUUCAUACCAAACAAGAUCAUAACCAGAAAACCUGGAGAUAAAGCUUGGUUUGACGAUCAGUGCAGAAGGGCAGCCACAAAAAAGCGCCGACUCUAUCGCAAGAUGCAGGCAUCAAACAACCUGACUGUGAAACAGAAGUUUCUUGAAGCAAGAGCAGCGUUCAAUCAAACUGAAAAGCGAGCAAAGAGACAAUAUAACAACAAAUUGAAAAAAGACCUAUCAGACAAAUCGCUCAGCUCUAAGAAGUGGUGGGGAAUUGUGAAUUCACUUUCAGGGAGAAGUGGCUCCACAGACAUCCCAGUCAUCAAACACCAGGGCAUCCCCCACAUAACAGCAAGUGAAAAGGCCAAUAUCUUCUGCCAGACUUUUGCGGACAAGUUUACUUUGCCCGGGGCAUCUGCACUACCUCAACUCCAGUGCCCAUUACCAUCCUCUUUUUUCAGCGAAGUCAACUUCAGACCCAAAGAUGUCAGGAACAUCCUUCGCAAAUUGGACCCAGGAAAGGCCACAGGGCCUGAUGAAAUCCCAACAAGGGUCUUGAAAGAGUGCGCCGCAGAACUGGCCAGUCCCCUCUGUCGUCUCUUUCAACUCCUCUUUUCCCGUGGCUUGUUCCCUGACCAAUGGAAAACUGCAAGAGUAAUCCCAAUUCACAAAAGGGACUCUAAAUCGGAUCCAUCCAAGUACCGUCCCAUAUCCCUGCUCUCUGUCAUCAGCAAAGUGAUGGAAUCCUCUGUUCACAAACAGCUACAGGGAUUUCUCCCCCGUCAUGACCUUAUCUCGAAUAAACAAUAUGGUUUCAGACCUAACCACAGCACAGCCGACCUCCUUACAGUUUUGUCCCAGACAUGGAACAACAUCCUCGACAAAGGUGGAGAAGUAUAUGCUGUCGCACUAGACAUCAAGGGCAUGUUCGACCAGGUCUGGCACAAUGGCCUUUGUGCAAAGCUAUCAUCAAAGGGCGUAACCGGAAGAUUGCACGUCUGGCUACAGAACUACCUUCAAGGAAGAUCCAUCAAAGUUGUGCUUUCUGGUCAGUCUUCUUUACCACAUCCCAUCAACGCAUCUGUAUCUCCGGGAUCGAUUCUGGGCCCACUGUUAUUUUCCAUCUUCAUUGAUGAUGUUGUGGAACAGUGUGAGAACAACAUUUUCCUGUAUGCAGACAGCUCUACCAUCGUCGCACCAGUAACAUCGUCAAAUGCGCCAGAGGUGGCUGCGUCCCUGAACAAAGACUUGGAAAACCUCCGGAAGUGGGCCGAUGCCUGGAAGGUCACUUUUGAGCCCAGCAAGUGCAAGGCGAUAAUCCUGUCCAGAAAGAGGAAUCCCUCUCGACCUGACCUGUUCUUUGGGACCACCAAGAUUACACUUAGUGAGCAGAUGGAGGUGUUUGGUCUUUCUAUAGACAGCAAGCUCACAUGGACCAGCCAUUUGUCCAACAUCUGCAGACGUGCUGGACAACAUCUUGGUGCACUGCGUAAGCUGGCCAACAAGCUUGAUGCCAAGGGCAGGGCCAACAUUUAUAAGACCCAGGUCAGGAGCAUCAUGGAGUACUCCUGCCUGGCCUGGAUGAACGCUUCUCCGACCACUCUUAGGCAGCUAGACCUCAUCCAGAAGAAGGCUCUAAAAAUCAUCGGGGUGGAUGAGGACCUUGCCCUUCAGCAGUACGCCAUCAGCAAGCUGGGUCACCGGCGAACAGUUGCAGCAACAACCGUUCUUUAUAAAAUGCACACCCCCAACUGUCCAAUGGACCUCAAAGCUCUGCUACCCCAAGCCCACACCGUGGGAAGAAUCACCCGGAGAGUACUGCCAAGUCACGCCCUGAAAGUCCCCAAGUUAAAAACCAAUUGCCUUGACAGGAGCUUUCUCCACUCUGCUAUAACAACUUGGAAUAGCCUUCCCCCUGCAGUUGUUGGAGAUAUUACAUCUACUGGUGUUCACGCCUUCAAGAAGAGGCUGAACAAAUACCUCCUCAGUAUAUGACUGUUAUCCCUCACAAAGCUUCAUGGGCUUUUAUCCAUAAACAUUUAUUAUUUAUUUACUUUACCCCAGUCUGAGUAGCUGCAGAUCAUUGAUAGGCUCUUUGAAUUUCUCUCAAAGCCUGUAUCUGUUUAAGCCAAAUAAAAAAAAAAAAAAAGAUUCAUUUUCUACCAUAUCAGUGACAUUAUGUUUUGAAUGGACCCUCAGAGGGUUAAAAGCAUAUUUUUAGACGAAACAUUGUUUACUAGUUCUGAUCAAAGCAAAAGUUAAUUAAGAGAUAUAUGAAAAAAAUUGGAAAAAAAAUAUUAACCCAAUAUGUUUUUACAGCAGUCAAAGUUAGUGGCUGUUUUUAGCCACUGAGCGUUAACAACGGAUGAAAAUUUGCCCAGCGCGUAUUUUUGACCUGGUGAAAAUUCUGAAGUCAUCUGCUCAAAGUGUCCAUCAAUAUAAGCCUCUGCACAAAAAAUCAUCCCAUUUGCUGCAGUAAAAAAAAAGUUACGUGGAAAUUAGUGGCUAAAUUUUGCCCCUAGUGGCUGAUUUUAGCCACAGCAUUACACAAUCUAAUGUACAGUAAAUCUAGAUGUAAAUGUUAGGAAAUUUGCCUCUUUUAAUUUUUUUUUGUGAAUAAUUACUAAAUUCUGUAUAUCUUACAUGAAAAUUACAGCGAGCAGCAGGUAUAGCUACAGAUGAACUGGGUUCCAACAGAGAGCCUGCAAGAACGUUUGCUUCUUCUGACAAGAAGCCUCCAGUGGCAUUUGAGCACACAUCAAAUUCAUGAUAUUCAUCACCUUUGUCAGUUUGUGUGGUUUAACAUCUUAACAGAAAUUUUCAGCUUUGUAUAAGCUUCAAAUGCCCCAAACGGUAAAACAUCAUUCUGUUGUUCUUUUUACAUUAAUGUGCUCUAAGUGAGGAAUAAUGUGCUUAUACAUAAGCUUUCUAAACCUGCAUAACAGGUCAGAAAUGUCAGGUUGAGGGGAUACGAUCAUGAAUUAGUACAAACUCUUGUAAAGUUUUAUUUCAAUGUAAACUAUUUGGGUCUGAUUAAAAAAGUUUUUUUCCCCCUCCUUGAAUACUUUCACUAUUUGUAAUGCAAGAAUUAAAUGGUGUGCAUUUAAAUUAUUAACAUGAACACCUGAAGAAUUCAAAAGAUUAUGGUCAGUGUACUGUGUGGCAGAGUUACAGCUGUGCUACAUUGUUGCUGUCUGAAAUGAACAAUAGUUUCAACAUAUCAGUGAAAAUUUCAGCCUAAACACAAAACCCUUUUAGUACUUUAUCUAAAAAGUCCUGAAUGCAAUAAUCCAUUUUAUACUUAAAAGAUUUAACAUUUUUUUCUCCAAAGGAAGCAACAGAAUGACUUCAAGUUGUACUUUCCAUUAUCUGACCACAAGAUGGAGCCAAAUUUAAUUCUAGAUUAAAAAUCUUUUUCACUUGAGUCAUUGCAAGUGACGUGAUGAAGGUUUCAGACGGAAGAGAAAGUAGCCUUUAUAGUUUUUGGCCUUUUUUUUCUUUUUAGAUAAUUUGAAUAAUAAAACAUCAAAACCAAAUUAAAAGACAGAUAAAAGGCACCUAAGAAAAAAAACAUAAAAAUAGAACAAAACCUUAAAUAUUUUGCAUGCAAUCAAAGCUCCUCAUAAGUGGACUUUGUCUGCUUCUUCCCCCAGAUAAUUUUACAGCUAAGAGAUAAACUGACUGAGUUUUUCACUAAUUUGACACAGGGAAUAUUUGCGCUGAAUGUCAUACUAGUGUUUCUGUAUGACCUACAGGUGCAAACCAGACCAUCAGUGAAAGAUUCUUUUAUGUAAAUGCUGCUUUAGGGCAGGAGUUAAAAAAGAGAUGGAAUAGCCCCCCUGCCCACGCAGCCUGUUUUUCUUUUCCUACAGCAAAGAUUCACAGUGAGUGAAAAGUUUAAGAGACUCUAAAACAUUGUCUUGAUGCAUGCUCAAGACAGGAUGUCAAACUCAAAGCUCCUCACAGGAGCUGAAACAUCAGUUGAAUUUGAUAUGAACGCAGAAAGAUACUCUUACAGGUUAGAAUACUCCUUGUCUCUUGAGGCUCAGAUUUUUAAUGACUGUCCAACAUAACGGAGUGGGAGCACCUGAUAGAAACAAUACAGUUCAUAUUUUCCAGCUGAAAUCUUCCUUUUGUUUAUUCAAAACAUUUCUUAUUGUUUCUUGGUAGAGAAAUGUUUUAGAAACCGUCUAAACCUGACUGAAAAGUACAUAAAAGCUUUUUUCCUCCCACUUGUUUUUAGCUCCAUUUUCGGCAAUUCCAGUCAUCACUGCACAGGUGCAUGAAAUUGUAAUUUGAUGAAAGUGUUCGGAGACUUAUUUUCUGUUUUACUGUUUCAGGUGUGUACAGCAGUGGGUCUAAAUCAUUUCCUGGAAAACCGCUGAUUAUAUAAUAAUGUGUGUUUGCUUUCACUUUGAAGUAGCUCAUGAUGGGCGCAGUAUGUUCAGAGUGUCUGUUUGUUGAAAGACCUCUUUUUCAAGGUGCAACCGAUUUCGUAUCAGAGCUGAAUUUGAUCCAAAGUCCAGUCACUUUGACUUGUGUGUGUUUGCUUACAAAUAUGAGUAAAUCUCCUUAUCUGUCAAUGUGCUAAAUCAGUGUGAUUAAUACAUUUGAAAAGGCAGCAAUAACAGUAUUUUUUUCAGGCACAGUCACAGUGCCAGAGUUUAGAUUUAUGGAUAUUAUUUCUGGUGGGCUGAAAAGGUUAAUUCCCCAAAGUCAGUUCAAAGUUACAGCAUGUUAUAACACCUCAGUCCUAUGGGGGGCCUCAAGUUAAAUGGAAAAAGCUCUUCUUUUUGCUGCCAUGGUCCUCCUGGGAGUCAAACAGCAGUGCUAAAUAUUGUACUUUCUCUGUUUUUGAUAUCAUUAUUUAUUAAGCAGAGCCGGUGCUGGAACAAUCGUCUGGUCCUGUCACAGAACAGGAUAGAAACAAAGUUCAAAGUAAAAGAGUCCAAGACUCAGUCAGCAGAGACUGAUCCGUCUCUACUAGCAGACUCCUCAUCGCUAGAACUGGACUCAGUGAUUUUGUGUUGCAGCAUUUUAAACCUUGAACCCUUGACUUUCAUGAAACAUGGCUCCUCUGAUAACUUCCUAAUAUAAUUCAAACCAUGUAUAGACCAGAAUAAAGUGUGACCCUACGCCUGGCUGAAUAUAACUGUAAAAUAGAUGAAAUCACAUCCAGACAUUACCAUCAGACUGUCUUAGAAACAGGAUCUAAUUCUUAUUUCAAAAAAAUAUAAAGAACCUUUGCCUGCUGUUCUCACAGCUUCUAUUACAAUCAAUUUCUCUGCAAAAAUUCAAAAUUUAGCCAAUUGUUUGUGUCUUAUUUGAACUAAAAUAUAUGCCAUUACACUUAAUAAAAACAUUUACCAUGCAAAUCAGGAAUAAACCUCUGAAUUCCAUGUAAUGAGUGAAGAUACUUGCCAGUUUGUUUGGGAGAAUCUAGCUGUUGAGUUUUUACAAAUAGGAAUAAAACUUAAUGCAACCUUUUGAUUGAAACUCUAUCUAAAACUUUUAGUUAAAUGUGGCUUGGAUUAAAGUGAAAGAGAUCACAAUACUUUACGAGUGUUUGCAGUUUAAAUCUUUCUCUCUUUAUCUUUGGCGUGUAACAUUUAAGUUAAGUUAAGUUAAGUUAAGUUAAGUUAAGUUAAGUUAAGUUAAGUUAAGUUAAGUUAAGUUAAGUUAAGUUAAGUUAAGUUAAGUUAAGUUAAGUUGAUGAGAUGAGAUGAGAUGAGAUGAGAUGAGAUGAGAUGAGAUGAGAUGAGAUGAGAUGACAUGACAUGACAUGACAUGACAUGACAUGACAUGACAUGACAUGACAUGACAUGACAUGACAUGACAUGACAUGACAUGACAUGACAUGACAUAUUCCUUUAUUAGACCCACAGGGGGGAAAUUCCCAUUUCAGUUCAACCCAUCCAGGAAACAAAAAAAUGACGGACACAUGGCUGGACAGUAACAAGACAACUGUUGGGUCGCCACAAGAGCGGUGCCCCGUUUUCUUCAAUUAAAAAAAGGAGAAGAGAAGGGAGGAAGAGGGAAAAAAGGCAACUCCAAACUAGACUCCUGUUGGGGGGGCACAGUGUGGAGUUCGCGGGGGUCGCAGGAUAGUCAAACAGCACCGUCUACAGUGUGUUAGUCUCUCAGUAAAUGCCAGAGCAUGUAUUGCAGACAUCAGCAGUUGUAAUUUCUACUUUAAAAAGAUACUUUGGUCAUCCAGUCAGCCAGCUUUAAUGUUAUUAUAGCUAUAGCUAAUGUUAUAAUGUUAUGGCGUACUUACCCUGCACCUGGAGAACAACCAACCCUGCUAUCAUUCACGAUCCUGCUGCUAAAAUAACCCAAUCUACACUCAGGUUUAAAAUGGAACUUAACUGUCAUUGAAUUUGAAGGUUAUUUUCUUUCUCAAAUUGGUUUAUUUUCUGUAAAUGAGAUAACAAAACACUCUUCUUUGGCUUUCUUCUCUCUUACAUAGCAGUCAUAUGUGGAUUCAUGGCCUAAAUCCAAGACCCUGUAACUCCAAGAACUGAUAUGCACAUGGACAGCUGUGGACAUCAUGGGUGGAUACUUGAAAGAGAGCACACACUGUUCCUGACCUGAAAGUUUAGCAACUUGAGCCAAAGAGGAUCCCAUGAGAGAGAUCAUUCCUGACCAGACCUCCACAGCAAAGUUUAUCUUCACAACAGAUCAUGACACCCUAGUGGAGAUAUUUGGAACAGGUAUGGAUGGUGUUAUUUUCCAGACGGGGUGGAUGGCUCCCUGCUGUGUCAGCUUUUUUUGUCUUAAAGAUACCUCUGUGCUGGAAACAGACUGCAAGCAGACUGUAUAAGAGUGUGAGUCACAGAGAAACCUGCCAUCUCAAUAUGAGACAGGUCUUCAAUUAGAGUAUUAAUAACAGGAGGCUACGGAGGAAUAUACAAAAAAAAAAGGUUUUAGCAUGCAUUUGAUUUAUUUGUGGUUUCUGAGCUGACAUUUAUACCAGCUCAUAUGAGGAAUGAAACCCUGAAAUAAUGCUAAGUCAGUAGCAAAAGCACAGAUAGAGAGGUGGAGCAGGCUGCUGCAUCAGGAUGGAGAACCAACUCGAAAACAUCCAGAAGACUUUGACACAAGUUAAAAUUUGGGAAAUGUGUACCCCUCCAAAGAAAACAGUCCCUCAGCUGUGAAUCUGAAUUGAAGUUCCUCAUGUGACACCUGUCCCACUGCUUAGAGUCCUGUGUUGAACAGCUGAUAUCAUUUGUUUAGCUGUGUUGUUGCUCCACAAUCCGGGAUGAAAGUCAUUGUUUUGGCUGUCAGGCGUCUUUGCUUGUUCUCCGCAUCAACCUCCACCUCUCCCACCACCACCCCCAUCUGCAGCAGCAGCAGCAGCAGCAGCAGCUCUGUGUAAUUACAUCCAACCUGUUCCCCUCUCCUCUACGCUUGAUAUCACUGCUGACAUCCACCAGCAAGGCCCCUCCCCUCCCUCUUCCUUCCUCUCUCUCCCUCUGUGCUUACUGAAGUGCUCUCUCAUAAGCCAGUGUGCAGUCCUGCCUUGUCUUCAGUAGUGUGUUUGUGUGUGUCUGUGUGCAUGUGCGGUGCAGCCGAGCAGACGAAGAAGGAGGGAAAGAGGGGGAGAUGGAGGCAGAGAUGAGAGAAGAGAGGAAGAAAAUGGUGUUGCACAGAUGAAGACUGAGCUGCUACGGGCAGAAAUGGAAAGAAUGGAGGAUGACUGAUUUCUACAGCAGGACAUUUAUUCCUAAAGAAGCUGGCUGAGUCUUCAGGGUAAGUGAGCAACUUGUGUCAACAUAACGCAGCGUACUUUUCUUUAGCAUGUGACAGGAGACCACAUUUAAAGUCUUUGCGUCUUGGUGAAUUUACUCAAACAUCUAGGAGACAUGAAAGAUGUUUUUCUAUUUUUAUUUAGCUAUGAACCAAAAAAAAGAUCUUUUUCAGUGUGACUGGGAGAAGUUUUGGAUUAUUGGAGAUGAAUAAUAACCUCCCUGAUCCCCGAAGAGUAAAAAGCGGAGGCAUAUCUCAAAGAGAAGAUUGCUGGCUGCCACACAGCUUAAUCAAACGUUUUGUGGUUUUAUCAAAUCCACCUGUCACACUCUGUGGGCAGUGGGCUUUACCAUUAAAAAUGUGGGGAUAUGAGAUUCACUGAGGCAGAGGGAUCUGAUGAAAAGAUCAGGCUUAUUGGAGGGAAGUUAUUAAGGGUCAGCGUAGUCAUGCUGUGACUUGCAUCCCAGAUAGUGGUGCGUUUUAAGCAAGGUAUUCUGGCAGAGGAUUUCAACACUCACAGGUAGGUGUGUUUGUGUGUGACAGCAGCGUGAAACAUGGAGAGAGAGAGAGGCACAGAGAUCCAAAAAAAGAUCCAAGGAAGUGAGUAUCAGAUGGUACAACACACAAGCUUUGAACAAGAGUAUUUCUCACAGGAAGCAGCUACUUUCUGCUUCUUAUUUUCAAAUCCAGGGAAUAAAACUUCUGAAUCAGAAACAGCCAAGGAGCUUUGUUUGCUGCAAAAAAAGGCAAGGUAUAAAAAUGUGACAUGAUGCUGAGGAGCUACCUUGAGCUGAUUCAUCAGACAUACAUGCUGCCUCCAGUGUGAAACCUUAAGAGCAUAAAACAGCUUUCAGUUUAUUGUCUUUGGCUCCUCUGACACACACACACACACACACACACACACACACACACACACACACACACACACACACACACACACACACACACACACACACACACACAGAGCAUCUGAAGCAACCUAAGGCAGCUUUCCUCACCUGUCAAACUCAUCACUAACAGUGACUUUUUCUAUGUUAAAUGCAAACAAAGACAGUUGUGGUCAGUAUGUUAAUUUCUUUGUAUUGACCCACAAGCAGCCAUUACAGCUCUAAAAGAUACUAAACAGAACUAUUGAACCUUCUAGCUGCUUGUCUUAUUUGCAUGAAUGGGUCGUAAAAGAGGCAUCCGUACUGGUUUAUACUGUCAGAAAGUAAAGAAAUGCACAAAAAUGUCAAUGUAGUUAAAUGUUAAUUUCCGGAAGGUACAAUACAACAACACAACACAAUACAAAGGGACAUUAAUACCAACGCAAAAGUACAACGUCCCAAACAUACAGGUUUAUUUUGGUCCUAUUAGAUGUUAUUAAAAACAGCAAAUCAACAAUAUUUGAGACGGUAUUUGUUUGAGCUAUUGUGAACUUAUGCAAAGCAGCACAGCAAAAUGCUUUAUACAACACCAUCUACCCUUAAUGGUUAGAAACAACUUCACUAAAGAUAAUGUUAUGAUAAACUUUAUACAACUGUGAAUACAAGGCCUUCUAUUAAAUACACAGACAUAUGUAAAUACUUACCUUUACAGAGUGUAUGUGUAUGUGUAUGUGGGUGGGUGACAUGUAUGUGAUUGUAAGCUACUUGAAGUGGAGCGUGAUUAUGGGUUUAAGCUCAUAUCUCAAUGGCAAGACCUCUACGGUUUUUAAAUAGAUGGUCACAUUUUUUUAUAAAAGACCUUUUAUUUCUUGUUAGGCGAUUAAAAUCAAUAUAAACCUUUGAAUCCAGCAGUUAACAAACAUUGUAACUUAGAGAGUGUUAUAAAUGUCUUUGGAAACUGAAAAAAGAUUACACCUAAUAUGUAUUCUCAGAGGUAUCCACUCACUGUGGUAUGAGGUCAUUGUUUACUACUUACAAUAAGAGUGUUAUUCCGAUGUAGAAUUAUUAGUAUGCUAAUUUCCCGAAUGGGAAAAUAAUGGGAUUGAAUUUUUAAUCUGUUUCCCGGUACUCUGUGUCAUGAUUGGUACAUUGGUUGUCUGUUCUGUGGAUGUUAAUUUGAAGUGUUUUGAAGACAGAUAAGCACAUCGAGCAUGUAGACCUGGAUGGUAAAGUGGGAUGGUGCAUGUGGGACAAAAGGCAUGGCAAGUGUGGGUGCAGAUAAAAGCAUUCAGUGCACCAGUGAUGAAGCUGGAAAUGAAAUGGGAUUCAGAAGAAUCCUUUUCAAGUCUUAUCAGAGAAUGUCUGAGAUAUUGAGUGGGGAAGAAUAACAAUAAUUGACAUUGAUAUUAUCCUUUUGAAGGUAUUGUGUGUUGACAGUCGUGGUAAUCGAGUUGAAAGUUCAGAUCAGCAUCUUCGAGAGGAAAACAGUCUUGUAUGUGACAUGAAGUGUUGUAAGUGUGAAAAAAACAGACGAUGAAAUCUCUUUUUCCACUCAGCCUUAUUGUGAAUGUGUGAAAUUGAACAGAGCCCACCACAGUGGAUAUGAGCGCUUAAAAACACACAGUCUGUUUUUAGCAGUCAAUCCACAGUGACAAAGGGCUUUUUAUCUAGCUAACACAGAUUCAUAUAAAGUGGCCAUAUCACUAUUUUAGUGGUUUGCUUAUGCCCCAUACUGAGGCUGAUUUGACACAACUUUAUUAGCAUUUUGUAUGGUGGGAGCAUGAAAGAAAAAUUGUGUGUAUGCUACCACAUGUGUAUUUUAUUAUUAUAUAAGUAUGUUAAUCAUCAUUUACUGAAAAUCACUUGGUUUGAAUGUUUGCAGAGUCAUAUCUGUGUCUUUUUAAUGAGCAUGGGAAAGGAGAAGUAUGGCCUUGGAGUUGGGACUGAUACUUUUCCGCUGAAGCCAUUCAACUAGAUGAAUGCUAUAAUUUCACUCAAAGGUUGUUUUCCCAACAGUGUGACAUUGAACUGAUAAGCAGGAACCUUAGAAUGAACUAAGCUGUCUUUGUUCUCCCAGUACAGACCACAGCUACAACCUGUACCCUGUUUGGAUAUUGUUGUAAUGUCGUGCCACUUGUGAGAUGAUGUUAGUGGGCGGGGGUGUCUGUUUCUUGACUGCAUAAAGGAUGUGUAAAAAUCUGAAUUCCUCAGUCAGAGGAACCUGCCUUUGUUGUAAACUGCUGACUCCUUGCAAGUAAAAGAUAUCCAAGAAAAAGAAGUCCACUAUCUCUGUCGUUCUUCUCAGCUGGAUGCAAGUCAGAUGCAGUUAAAUUUUUCUGACAUACUACUAAACUAACAUGAGCCGAGAAGCUGCAGCACAAAUUGACCAUUAUAUUAGCUUACUAUGACCUGCCUUAGUGCUUUGGUUUAUUUACUAAUAAAUUAUAAUUAAUCAAAGCACCAAAAUCACCACAAAAAAACAGCAAUUAUCCAGUGAGUUCAGAACUCUUCAAGUCCUAAACUCACUGAAAUAUGGCCAUUGUUUUUAAGAACUCUCAACAAAUUUGUGCUGUCUGCAGGUUUCCAACUCAGAAACCCUCCAAAAAAACUAUCAAAGUCAUCAAAGACAUCUAUGCAACUCUGUUUUAUUUUGGCCACUUUUAAUUUUUCUUUUCUUUGUUCCUCUCUUACAGAUACUGAUGAACAUUCACUGGAAUCGUAGGCAGAUGUUUGUUUGUGUGGCCACGACGAGAUUCAACAUUGACUGAAAAUACUGCAGUACUCAUCAGCACGAUGGAUUGGUGAAAAACAACAACAAAAAAAGAAAAACAGAGCCUUCAGGAGUUAAUGUUCAUCUGUGUAGUGAGAGGUGCAGACCAGCUGUCCUGCUCGUCUAAUCGAAAUGUUCAGCAAAACACGAUACACACGAUGCAGAUGAACCAACACAUGUUAGAGUUUUGUGCUACACGACAUCCACAACAUUUACUAUAUGAUUGGAAUACAGUGAAGUAGGUCUGAUCUUGAUUCUAGAUUCAAGCUUCUACAGCACAAACAGAUCUGACUUUUUUUUUUUUUUCAAAUUACUGAAUCGUAAAGAAAGGCAGUCAUGAUUCCAACUUAAACUCUAGCACUGAAGUUGGCCUGCACUGAGUGCUGCCAUCCAGACUCUUUAUGGAAUCUGAAGAAAGCAUGACAGGACUGUCCACAGCUGCGUUGGUGGCCAUUGCCUGCAACACAUUUGUUGCCAUCCUCCUUCUUCUCCUCUGUCUGAUCCUCUUCCGAGCCUGCAGGGUCCCCUCCAGUCCAGAGAGGCAGCCCGUGCUGGCUCCCAGAGAAGCAGGAACCCAACACAUGAACGAGCACAAGUACCUGUUAACCUCCUGACUGCAGAAGGAUGAGUCAAAUGUAGCAACUCAAUGCACUCCUCCACCAGAGAGCACCGGGGAUUGACUGCAAGCAAUAACUAGGCUUCUCCAUCAUUGCUUCUCCAGUCAGCUGCACAUCCCAUUGCAGAAAUGGCAGCGACUCGCAAAAAUAGCAAGAGUGAAACUAUUUUUGAGCAGCCAUCACUUGUCGCAUCUAGUCCUUGGACUGACAAAGGAUAAGGGAGAAUGUUGGAGAAGAAGAACAAGGCCACAAGGACGGAUGCAGAUAAAGAGAGAGCGAGAGAAUGAAAUGUUCAGUGCAAAAAAAGUGGCUUGUCUGCUGUUGGAGGUUUCUAAAAAUAUCCUCUGAUUUCAAACUCUCACCUGAAAAAAAGAGAAAACCUGUCUAUUGCUGAAAACAGGGACUUGAGCCUGUGUAGAGUGUGUGUGUCAUUGUCCCCCCAUAAACACCAGCGGUCUGUAAGGCACAGUUCUUUCUGAGGGUGUUACGUAAGGACUAGAGAGGCUUAGUUCAGAUUUGUGUCCUCUUCAAUACGACCCUCGCACUGACAUCUGCUUGUGGCUGUCAGUGAUGGUCCACUCUCUCUGCUCUGAAUCACAGGACACUCACACGCAGAGAGAUUUAUCAUAUUCAGUUCUGAGGGUCUCAAAGAGACAUCAAUACAAAUAUGAAUGAUCAAUACUCAAGUAUUUAACCUAUAUAACUGUGCUGCAACUUCAGACUAAACAAGGCAUGUUGUCGAGGAAAAAUGGGGCCUGUAUAUCAAACUGAGCAACAGCUGCCAGGCUUUAGGCUGUUUUCUUAGAAACACUGGAGAGUGAAAUAGGAGAGGCCAGAUCUUUAAAAAAUGUGAACUUCAAUAAUUCAGAUUUUGGGGGACCUUAGUGGAAGCAUCAAAAACAUGCUUUGACAACUUUGUUUGUUAACCACAACAUCCUCCCUCUGGCCCACCACAACAAAGACUAAAACCAAACAGAUUAUCAGAGUGACUGACCUGAAACCAUGUUUGCAUAGCUGUUCAACAGAAAACAGCAGUGGCUCGAUAGAGAGAGUAUUAGAAAAGUUACAUUCAUUAGCUAAUUUUGUCACGUUGAGGAUUUUUGAAGAAGAGAAAAUGAUAGCAAAGGAAAAAUAACAUAUAUUUGUCUCCAAAACAGUCUCAAUGCAUCAGGAUGCAAAGCAAAGACCCACUGAGCAAUAGACGGCGAUUAGACGUCUAAUUUUUUCUAGACCUAAUUUCAACCGUUUAGAUUCUGUAUAUUUUUAGACAGAAUUUAGACGUUGCACUUUAACCCAUUAUUCGAUAAUCGUUUAUUUCAAAAAGCAACUGUUAGUUGCAUAACUGAUCUCCGAGUAUUUAACCAAAAAUAAUUAUGAUAGCUGUUGAGCAAUAUACAGUGCAGUAAAGACAUAGCCCAGAUUUAGUCUAAAGUUGGUUCUAAAUUUAGACGUCUAAAAAAACUUUCAUUUUUAGACCUGUGGUAGCCUGAUUUUAGACCAGUCGUCGAGGCUACAUUUAGAUGUCUGUUACACCUCUUUUAGACCAAAAAAUGCUCAGUGGGGAUAAAAAUGUCUGAUGAGAAAAUCAAGAAAAGAUGAAGUUUUGAAAAGUUGAAAGCCAUUCCUGUUAAACAACUGAAGGAGAAACAUGAAAACAGCAGAGCAGACUUCCCGUUAUUGAAAAGCCCCUGGAGAUCACCUCAUCAAUUACAUGUUAUGAGUUAUUUUACCAUCUGUGGUAGUCACUACUGCAGCUGUUACACUGAAAAUGUGACCUUUGUUUUACUCUGAUCACAAGACCACUCCCCCACCUAACCCAAACAUGAUACAAGCAGCAACACUCUGCAAAAUGCAGCAUCAACAAAACAGCAGAACAAAGCAAAUCUGCACUCUCCUCACUCUCACUGCAGGAAGAAAGUAACUGUUACAACAAUUACACCCAAAAAUCGUUUGUAAUGUAUUGGCUGUAAAAAUUAGGUGAUUCUGCGUCUCUCUCUAACUGCACUUGUGGGGAUGAGGCAAUGAAUCACACUUAAGGGAGUGCUGCAUGUGGCCACUGGCAGAUGUAAAAGGCAGAGGAGCUCUGUGGUGCACACACAGAAAGAGAGAGAGAGAGAGAGAAAAAAGACAGCCCUGAACACUGUGGCAGUAUUUGAUUCCAACAGAGCAUCAAAGCUCUGGGUGGUGCUUUUACUCAAGGACAAGUUCAUUAAGAUAGGAGAAUGUAGAAAAGGGCUAAAUAAAGAUGGACACUGCCAUGACUCAAAGCAAAGUUCUCCCUGUAGAUGGGAUAUUGAAAGGCUCCCAGAUCAUCCCUGGACAGAUGCCCAGGAUGGCGCAUGCCAGCCAAGAUAAGUCAACUGGAUGUGGUCCAUAAAAGCUCCAUCUAUUACGCUUAUUUAUGUCCCUGUUCACUUGUAGUAACUCUCUCUCCUCACAUUUUAGCUUAGUCAACUUGUACAAGACACUCAGAAAGAGAUUCAUAGAUCUCUGCAGAAGAGUCAGUCAAGUUGAUGGAAUUCCAAUGUUGCCUGUUUAAUAUGUAUCAGCUACUGCAGUAAAAAUGAAUGCAUUAUUAAUUGAAUAUGAAUCAUUUAUUAACCGCUUAAGAGGGAUCAGAGGAAAUGUUUAUAAUAAACAUAUACAAAUUGUU